AUGAUGCAAGCUUGCGACAGUCUACCCAUCAACAUUGGUAUUACAGGCAAGGGUAACGACUGCGGCAAGAAGAGCAUUGUAGAGCAGAUCUUAGCUGGAGCCGCGGGUCUCAAGCUCCACGAAGACUGGGGCUCCACGCCUGCAGCCAUCGACAACUGCCUGGAAGUUUGCGACGAGUACGACGUGCAGUGCAUGAUUCACACAGACACGCUCAACGAGUCAGGAUUUGUCGAGCAGACCAUUGAAGCCUUCAAGGGCCGUACCAUCCACACAUACCACACCGAAGGAGCAGGCGGCGGCCAUGCCCCAGACAUCAUCUCCGUCGUCGAGCAUCCUAAUGUCCUUCCCAGCAGCACCAACCCAACCCGCCCCUUCACCCUUAACACACUUGACGAACAUCUCGACAUGCUAAUGGUCUGCCACCAUCUCUCAAAGAACAUUCCUGAGGAUGUUGCAUUCGCCGAAUCCCGCAUCCGCGCCGAAACCAUCGCUGCAGAGGACGUCCUCCACGACCUAGGCGCCAUCAGCAUGAUGUCCUCCGACUCUCAAGCUAUGGGCCGCUGCGGCGAAGUCAUUCUCCGCACUUGGCACACAGCCCACAAGAACAAAACCCAGCGCGGCCCACUAGGCACAGACGCCAACACACGGGCUGACAACUUCCGCGUAAAACGGUACAUCAGCAAAUACACGAUCAACCCAGCGCUCGCACAGGGAAUGGCUCACGCCAUCGGAUCCAUCGAGGUAGGCAAGGUCGCCGAUCUGGUAAUGUGGAACGCGGCUACAUUCGGCACAAAGCCCGUAUCCGUACUGAAGAGUGGCAUGAUUGCUAUUGCGGAGAUGGGCGAUCCAAACGCCUCCAUUCCCACCGUUGAGCCGAUGAUUGUUCGACCGAUGUUUGCCGCUCGUCUCCCUCAGGCAUCUAUCAUGUUCGUUUCGCAGGCUUCGAUCGAUGCUGGAAUCGUGCAGAGUUACGGCUUGAAGAAACGAAUUGAGCCUGUUAAAGACUGUCGCACUGUCGGGAAAAAGGAUAUGAAAUUCAAUGACAUUAUGCCGAAGAUGAAGGUCGACCCGGAGAGUUAUACCGUCGAGGCGGAUGAUAUGCUUUGCGAUGCUGAGCCUGCUUCCGAGUUGCCUCUCACGCAGGCUUAUUAUAUCUUCUAG